UUAUCUUGGAAUUACUUGUCAUUGGCUUACAGAUUCAUUUGAGUUGCACAAAAUUGUACUUGAAAUUGGAGAGUUGGAUGAUCAUUGCGCAGAUGAUAUUGUUGAAUCAGUUAGUUUUGUUCUUGAUAAAUUUAAUAUUAAUCAUCAAAAGGUUUUUUCUAUUACUACAGAUAAUGGCGCAAAUGCGGUACAAAAAAUGGAUGUUACUAAUGUGAAGUGCGCUGGACAUAUAUUACAAUUAAGUGUAAAUUUAGGGUUAAAGGAGAUUGAUAAACUUAUUUCAAAAUGUAAAUCACUUAUCUCUAUUUUGUCAAAAGAAAAAAAACGAAAGCAACUUCGUGAGGCUCAGUUACAAAUUACUCCAGGCCUCAAAAAACCACUAGAUGUUAUUAAAGAUGUAGAUACUAGAUGGAACUCUACCUUUUAUUCUAUUGAACGUCUUGUAUAUUUAAAACCUGCUAUUAUACAAUUAUAUUCAACUCUUAAUAAUCAUACUGUUAGGGAAAUUAGAAGAGGAGCGGAAAUGAUGAGUUCUUUUCUUCCUUCAGAUGAUGAAUUUGAAUUAUUAAAUGAACUUAUUAUAAUCCUUUCUCCUUUCGAUGAGGCAACGCAAUUUUUAAGUGGAUCCAAAUACCCAACACUUGGCUUUAUGACACCAAUGUUGGAAGAACUCACUCGCCGGCUCAGGCAAUUUACUGGACAAAUUUAUAAAGCAAUUCUUGUGAAAGAUACGAUCUUAAAUAACUUAGUUGAACGUUGGGGAGAUCCAAGUGAGAUAGGAUUGUGCUGCUCUUUUCUUGACCCACGAUUUAAAAACUUAAAUUUCUGUACUAGUGAUUUACGCCGCACAACAAUCCAAAUUAUGCGUCAUCAAUUUAAUGAACUAAUACAAACUACUAAUGAUAACACCACACAAACCACUAAUGAUAAUAUAACCUUAACAUCACCUCAACGUAAAAAACCUAAAAUGGCAGUAUUUUUUUCUUAUUCACGAACAGAAAGCACUAAUGCUGUACCUGAUGAAUUUGACCGGUAUUGUGAAAUACCUGAAAUUCCCCUUGAAGAAGAAUUCUGUCCUUUGAUUUGGUGGCGCCAAAACAAAACUCUUUUUCCUACCUUGGCAACCUUGGCAAGACGAUAUUUUGCG